AUGGCCGACGUUGGUGUUUUACAAGGCUGGGCGAAAAGCCACAAGUUAAGCCAAGCCACGCUGAGUGCCGAUGGAGCUACCUUGGAUUUGGGAGGCGAAACUGUGACAGCCAAUGUCAAAGUUACUAUUAGUCACGAUGGAAAGUCUUGUGAAUAUACCAUUGGCUCUAUAUUCCUACAAGCCGUGGAUCCCACCAUUUCUCUGCCGAAAUAUCGUUUGGCUUGUAAGAAACACAAAGUCUCAGAUCCCGUCAAGGCUUCUGACAAACCCACGGUCAUUGGAUUCUUUGGAUUGACUCCUGACGAAGAAGGAGCUGUAGCAGCAGCUCCAGUACCAGUCAAGGAUGAUGCGGCCGCUCAAAAGCCCCCACCCUCCUCGAAACCGCCACCACCACCUUCGGACCACCGUCAUGACAAGAAGCGUCCACGCGAAAAGGAUCGUCGUCACAAGUCAUCGAAGGACAAACGAUCUCGUCAUUCGACUGGCUCGGCCGAAAAGUCAAAACCCAAAAAGGCACCCAAACAAAUUGAUGCCAAUGCUUUGUUUACAAACUUGACAACCGUCGUGACCAAACGAUCAGAAAAGAAGGAAGCCGAACAAUCAGAGCUCUACCAGGCACUCAGUCCAGAAGGCUUUGAAGUCACUCCUGAUUUGCUACAAGAAAACUCGGAAAUUUGUCAAUCAAUUCAAGCCAAUGAGAUUCCCGUCGGAAACUCGGCGUCCAUUCUAAAGGGAAGCACCGAAAAGGAUCUGAGCCCUGUGUUAAAGUUGUAUUUGGACACGAUGCAACCCAGCAAAAAGAUGGCCGCCAAACAAGCCCGCAUACAAGACAAGGCGAAACGUUCCUGGCGACCCUACUUGGUGGGCAAGAAACCAGUUAUUAUUUUGCCCAAGGGCAUGACGUCUCCAUUGACCAUGACAAAUGCCCACGAAUUCUUUGGCAAAUCCCUCUUUGUCCCACGAGAUGUCAUGAUGAAACGGGGCGCUUCGGCCAGGAAUGCUCCUACUACGUUCUCUCGUAAAUUGAGCCAACGGUUGGGUGGUGGCAUGGUGGAAUACGAAUUGAUGGACAACCCAAAGUCCAAAUUGCCAACCGCCAAGGAUUGGGAACGCGUUGUGGCGGUCGUGGCUUUGGGUCAUGGCUGGCAAUUCAAGGAUUGGCCGGGGAUUUACUCGAAUCCUGUUCACUUGUUUGCCAAGACCUUUGGUUUCUAUGUGGGAAUGGAAGGAGCCAAGAUUCCACAAGAGAUUCCACAAUGGUCGGUCGUCAGGCAAACUCUCAACCGAGACAAGCGUGGAUUGGAUUCUGUGACCUACGCCUCGUUUUGGAACGGAUUGGAAGAAUUCAUGACGAUUCACAAGCCAGAAAUGUUGCCACAAGAUGAAUAA